AUGAACCCCAUAUCUCUUGAAUCCGACCGGAUUGUCCUUCGUCCUGGGACAGUCGAUGAUGUGCCGGCGAUGGCGCGGCUUAUGGAUCUUGCCGUAGAAUGGCUUGUCAGGAAGGGCAUAACUGGGCAAUGGGGUACACAGCAGCCAUCGGAAAUCCCAGACCGCAUAAAGCAGUUCACCAGCUUUGCCGAGUCGGGCGGUUUAUGGGUCGCAGUAGAUAGUCAAUUCUCCGGCGCCGAGGAUGCGUCUGGGGUCAAUGGGUCCAGCUCCGUGCCAGGAGGCGCGGUCGGGUCCAUUGCGGUUGGAGAUGCGCCUCCGUAUGUCAAACCGGCGGAGGAGCCCGAGUUAUACAUCAAGGGCUUCAUAACCGAUCGGUCCUGGGCGGGACACGGCAUCGGAGCAAUGUUACUGGCCAAGGCACGCCAACUUGCACGCGAUGCUGGUGUUUCGGUGCUCCGAGUGGAUUGUUACAGGGGAGACGACGGUAAGCUUGUCAAAUACUACGAAUCGCAAGGCUUUGUGAAAACGGAAGAGUUUGAAGUUCACGGCUGGCCUGGGCAAGUUCUGAUGCAACGGCUGGAUUGA